AUGGCUUCCGAAACAGACGUGGAGUUACUGAAAAGCGAAAUCGAAAGGCUGAAUCGAGAACUGGACCAAGCAAGCAGUGAAAAGGUGCAAUCUGCUCAAUACGGUUUGGUUUUAUUGGAAGAAAAGAAAGAAUUGCAACAGAAAUAUGAAGAAUUCGAGACAUUGUACGAAAACACAAAGCAUGAACUACAGAUUACACAAGAGGCAUUAGCUAAAUUUCAGUCCAGUCACAAGGUAACAACAAAAACAGGCAUAGAGACUGAAGAGUCCUUAUUAAAUGAAUCUGCUAUACGAGAAACAUCGUUGCACCAUCAAAUCAAUGAUCUGGAGAAUGAAGUUAAACAGUGCAGACAUGAAUUGGAAAGGGUCACUGCUGAACGAGAUCGAAUGCUACAAGAAAACAACGAUAUGGGCAAGGAUAAGGAAGACAGGAAUAUGGAAUGCAAGAAGCUUCGCACUGAGUUGAGAGAAAUCAAAUUUAGAGAGAAUAGAUUGAUUUUGGACUAUUCUGAAUUGGAGGAAGAGAACAUUGCAUUACAAAAACAAGUAUCUGCGCUGAAAGGCUCUCAAGUAGAAUUUGAGAGUUUGAAGCAUGAAAUCAGGCGUCUUCAAGAAGAAAUGGAUUUACUAAACAUACAAUUAGAAGAAGUGACCAAUUUGAAGAAGAUUGCAGAAAAACAUAUGGAAGAGGCUCUUGAGUCACUCCAAAGUGAAAGAGAAGCGAAAUAUGCUCUGAAGAAAGAGUUGGAUCAGCAGAUCCACAGAGAGUCGUUCUAUAACAUAAACAACCUAGCAUAUAGUAUAAGGGGUAUGGCUGAACCAAAUCUAGGUAAUAGUAGUGAUUGCGAAGACGAUAUUUCUGAUUUAAAGCAUAUUGAGGCUAGUUUACAGAAUUCUGGAGAAUUAGCAUCUCCUGAUGGCAAACAAGUUGACCUGUUCUCCGAAGUUCACUUAAAUGAACUUAAAAAACUGGAAAAGCAACUUGAGAUGCUAGAAAAGGAAAAAUUGUCCCUAACACAAAGCUUGAGAGAUAAUCAAAGUAUGGUUGAAAAAAGCCAAGGCGAACUACAAGUAUUUGUAGCUCGAUUGACCCAGUUAGCAGCUCAUGUGGAUUCUUUGCAACAUUUAUCCCAGAAUGUAGACAGAAACAUGGCUGACAAAUCUGAAGAAACCAACAAAAUUGUAGAUCAAUAUAACCAGUGGUUCAAAUUAUCUGCCAAGGAAAUAGAACAAUUGGAAAGAGAUAUUAGAGAAAUGGAGAAACUUACAAACAUUUCAGACGCCACUUUGCAGCUUAGAACAGAGAUAACUAAUUUAAAAAAUAAAGUUCUAGAUACAGAACAGAAGAGUAUGGAUCUUGAAGAUUCAGAACUAUUUGUUGCAGGUGAUCUGAAGCUUCUUAGAGAAUUUGCUGUUGAGGCUGGUGCUUCUUUAGAUGAAAGUCAGGUUAAUCUACAAAAUGUAUCUGAAGAAUUGGCCCAGCUAUACCAUCAUGUGUGUACAGUUAACGGUCAGACGCCUACACGAGUCAUUUUGGAUCAUGAAAAAGAGGGUAUGACACCAAAAGCAGCGCCAUCUAUUGGAGAAAUGUCUAAAUUAGAACUGCUGAGGAGCCGACUGAAGAGUGAUAUUCCUCUUCAUGAUUUAGAGACCUUGAACGAUACUGCCGUGUUGGCCAGAAAUGUUUGUACUAUCGUUGACCAGAUCAAGCAUUUGAGAACUGCCAUUGAAAGCACCAUCGAGCUAGCUAAAAACAAGCGGGAUAAAUCGGACGGAGCAUCUCUUCGUGAGGAGAGCAGUGAAUCCGAAAUUCAAGAGCUUCAAGAACAAGUGAUAAGACUGAAGAGUCUCCUGUCGACCAAACGCGAGCAAAUCGCCACCUUACGAACCGUCCUUAAGUCCAAUAAGAAUACCGCAGAAGUUGCACUCACAAAUCUGAAGUGGAAAUACGAAAACGAAAAGAACAUCGUUUCAGAAACUAUGGUAAAGCUCCGGAAUGAAUUGAGGCUGUUGAAAGAAGAUGCUGCCACAUUCUCAAGUCUACGAGCAAUGUUUGCUGCUCGUUGCGAAGAAUACGUUACCCAAGUGGACGAGCUUCAGCAGCAACUUAACGCAGCAGAAGACGAAAAGAAAACGCUCAACCAGUUGCUCAGGUUGGCCGUACAGCAGAAGUUGUCGCUCACUCAACGAUUGGAAGAAAUUGAAGUGGAUAGAGAGAUCCGCAACGCGCGGCGACCUAACAAUAGGAACUUCCAGCGUGCCGGUAGAAGCCAGCGUGACAUGUUUUAGCGGCAAAGGGUAAGACGUCGUCUGGUCUACGUCAUUGCAUUUAUAAGUACGUUCUUUAAAUUUUAAGGGCGUAGGGUCAUUGAUAACGAAAACUUUCGAAAAAUACGCCAUGCACUCAUCUGUAGUUUUGUCUUACAGUUGAGUCAGGCAUCUGUUUGUUCUAAUUCAAUUACUGUAAAUUUUGAAAGUUAAUAUUUUAUGGAACUAGUACUACUUUUCUAAUUUCACAGUACUAAACAAUACACAAAUAAAGGACUUUCAACGAGAAAAAUAUUUCAUCGUCAGCGAAUUCUUUCAUAUUGCUUCGAUAAUAUGCUAAAACUUCAUCUUGUCAAAACGUCUUUUAUUUGUGAUGAAGCUGAUCUUUAAUGCUGUUCCAAUAGCUAUAGAACUAAUGCUUCUUAUGAAAACGCCAAAAGCAUAUAUAUAUUUAAUAAUUAGAAUUUUUGCUUACAACAUACGAUAACUAAAACAAAUCUGUACCCCAGAGCCAGACUAGGUUAAUUCCAUUUCUGUCAAAAAUGAGUUCAAUAUGUUAAGCUUAUAAUAAUAUUGUUAAUUUUCAUUUGUUACAUUCAGCAUCCAUCUAUCUGUAAUAAUAAGGAAGUUACUGCUUUUUAACUCAUGUCAAGUCGCAUACAAUAUAAUGCAAGAAAAAUAUUUCAAAUACAAUUAUCUUAAAACUACUUAUUUGGACUCAACCUAGUCUGACUCUGAGGUACAGAAAUACAUUGCAGAGAUAACCUUACAAUUUCAGUUUGAUAAUAAUGAGGUAUUUUUUUUUGUUUUAUUCUGCCUUCACUGUUCGUAUUACCUGUGAAUACAUUACGAUCUUACGUUAUUGAACUUCAUGCUGGGAUUGAAAGAAAUCUUUAUGUAAAAAAGUAAUGCAAUUGGUAUUAAAGAGUUCUAUGGCUUAUGGGAUGCACGAUUUUCAGUAGUAAUUAAUAUUAACGAAAAAUUGGCGUUGAUUCUGAAAUGGUACUAAAAUUCGUUAUGAUUCUUUAAAUAAGUCCAAAGUUGUGAUACAUUAAAACAUGCAUGAAUGAUUUUAGGUUACAUAGUACUUAAUUCCAAAAUUGGUGCAAUCUAAAAACGGAAAUUCAGAAAAGGGUUUUUAGAAACAGAAUAUCUGUCCAAGUAGCGGUUCAUUAGUCUUCUAGGAAUAUUUGCUUCCAUUUGUUUUCCUGAUUUUCAAGGUCAUAGUGGUAGCAGCUAGUAUAUAGGUAUUUUCAUAGAUGUGACUAAACUUACAGAGCUUUUCAAUAAGGUCCAAGUUAUUAUUUGAACGAGUCUAUAGCUUGAAAUUCGGGGUGAUCAAAACGAUGUAUUUUACUAUUUAACGAAGUGACAGAAUUAAAUAUGUAAGAUGUCAGUUGGGCAGGCUGUUAAAGUUGAGCGUGUUUGAACAUUGAAUCGCCUAUUACUCAUCAACCAAUGAUAAAAUAGUAUAGGUCAGUUUUGGAAGUAAUAGAAAAGAUGUUUCAUAUUAUAAAAGUCAUAGAGCAGACGAAAUCGGAAAAAUCAUAUUUGUCCUUAUCAGAUUAUUUACGGUUUUUGAGCUAUCGCCAUUUUUAAGGAUUUGUGGAAUAUCGCUACUUUUGAGACUGUACUAUUUUUUUGAAGUUGUCUUUUGUUAUUUUUCAAUCAGAUUCACAGGAUUUGCUCUCCAAUGAUGUGCGCUGGAAUAAAGCUAUGAGUGAAAAUUUAGUCCCGUUAAUGUAGGUACAGCAAGCGUCUAAUUUGCAAUUUUGGCAAAUGUCAAAAAGAUUCCAGCAUAUUCCAUGAGGCCUGGACAAAAAAUUAGUAAGCGGUUAAAGUGCCCAUAAAGAUGAAAAACUUCUCGAUACUAUGACCUUCCAAAACAAUUUCAGAAAAAAAUAGUAUAGUCUUAAAAGUAGCGAUUUUCCACGAUUUCUUAAAAAUGGCGAUAACCUAAAAACCUUACACAAUCGGAUAUAAGGUUUUUUAUUGCAAAUAUCAACCCCUUUCGUUUGCUCCAUAACUUUUGGGACACAUUGUAUACUCAGAUAGAUCCUUCCACGAGAUUUAUAUAACAUACUAUAGCAUUUGGAUGAUUGGCUAUUGAAUUAUAAGUGAGCCAGUAUUUAUAAGGGUAGUAAUUAUACAGUAAUGGUAAAUAAUUCAACAGCAGAUUCCUUUCAAAGAAAUAUUGAGAUUAAUUUUCUUAGUCCGAAAGUCAAAGGCAACCAAGGGUGAUAAGCUUAUUGUGAUUUUUUUUUUAAUUUUGCCCAUCAAUUUGGUAUUUAGUCUUCGUUUUUAACGAAAUUUGGCAUAUAUUCAUCUCGUCAGGCACAGCCUACUUAAAAAAUAUUUUAGCUUAAGAAAAUAAAAUUUUAUCUCGAGUGCAUUGAAAACUUUAAAUGGAAAUCGAAAAGCGUGAAUCAUAGCGGGAUUCUUAAAGUAUACAUUUUUUAAGCAAACACGAUUGCACACUGCAAAUUUUAAAUAAAAAAUUAAAUUAUAUCAAGCGUAAAAAAAUUACGAAGUUAGUAAAAACAGAAAAUGUUGCUGCUCGAUAAGAUAAUUUGAAAAAAGAUAAAUGUUUAGAUUUGCCAUAUAAAAAACACUCAUAUGCCAAAUUUUGUUAAAACGAAGAAUAAAUGCUAAAUUUAUGGCCAAAAUUCAAAAAAAUUACAAUAUACUUAUCGUUCUGUAUCUUGGCUGCCUUUGACUUUCGGAUUAAGAAAAUUUAACUCAAUCUCAAUAUUUAUUUGAAAGGAAUCUGCUGCUAAAUUAUUUACCAUUACUUAUGUGACACCCUGUAUACAUAUUUUAGGCUUACAAAGUCCCCCAUCUUAUUCAAAAUAAUCUUCCAAGAUGGUGGUCAACCGCCAUUUUGAAAUUAGAUAGCAUUCGUGCAUCAGUUUCUGCACCCCAAAUUUCAGCUUGAUCCAUUCAAAAUACGAGUUGAGGGUGGCCUAUUUGAAAAGCAUUAUACAUUAUUUUAUGGUAUUACUCAAUAUCUAUAUUUUAGUAGCAAUAUUAGCAUUUGUCUAUGUUAUUUAAUUCAUGUAGAUGUAGAUCAUCUAUUAACUAACUCAAUUUUAUAGUAGCAAUUAAUCCAUUUUAUAUUUCAAUGUGAUGUUUAGAACUUUUAUUUAUCUUUUAUAGCGGUGGUGAUAAAAAACAAAAAAAGAAUGUUAAAACCUAAAGAAAAAACAUGUAUUCUGUAUGUACUAUCAUUGUUGAAUGAUUAUAGAUUUACACGUUAGAACAUAUUUCAAAAGUACCAGCUACUCUAAAGGUGUGCGAUUUAAGGCAGAUAGUUUGUGUGAAAAAUAUUUGAAUAGCAACCAAAACAACAGAUAAAGUUCACAAACAUCAAAUUCAACACAAAAGGGGGAAGUCUUUAGUGUGGGAUCGGUAUUGUAAAAGGCAUCAUAUCCAGUGGCGUAGCUACCUUGGGUGGCACCCGGUGCAAAAGAUGGUGGUGUCAAAAGCAAUAAUUUAUAAACGUCAUGGGUCAUUUAAUAUUGAUAUUCAAAAUAUUGAACAAAUAACAAAACACAAUAAAAACUAAGACAGAAAAAUUAGAAUUAAAAUCUCUUCAAAAUUCGUAUUUGUGGCUAAUAUACCAAGAUUGUUAAGCUGCGAUUGGGUCAUUGUUGCCCGCAAAUAGUUUUUUUAUUAAUUUUUGUUUACUGAAACUCCUUUCACAUAAAGCUACGGAUACGCAAAUCGUCAUGAACAAUUUUAGUGCAAUCAUAAGAUUUGGAAGAGAUUCUGUAAAAUCCUAUUCUACAAUAAACUUUGAAAAAUCUAGAGAAUCAGAAACUGUGUAGCGGCUUUUAAGUGUCUUCGCAGUAUUGGUAUCUCCAAAAGUAAUUCUGUUUCUGGGACCUCAUCAUAAAAAUCAGUAAAUUUGGAUAUAACUAAUUUCAGUUCUUCAUUAUUCGCCAAAAGCAAAGUAUUUGUUUGUACUCGUACGAUCUCAAACAAUGAAGAGACUUCGAUCUUGUCUGGAAUUCAACUCUGAAAAAAUUGUCACCGGUUGGGUGUCACCCCAAAAAAGAACACACCCAGUGCGGCCCGCUACAAAAAUUAAAAGCAAACUAACUACAAGAAUACAGCAUCGAGACUUAUUUCUGGAGCUACAGAAAAUUUUGUUGGUAAAAGCAAAUUAUGAGCUAGUCACUAUUGCAGAUAAUAUGACAAACUGCUCAUCAAAUUAAGCUUCAUAUCCCAUAACUUCUCGGCAUUUACACGUUUUUUGCAUUUAAUGCAUCAUCUAUACAGGGUGUUUAUAAAUGCAAAGUAUACUUUUUCUUAAAAAAUUCAAAUGGAAUUCCGUGUAUAUUUUUAUGGUUUGGCUUAUCUUUAAUAAAAUUUUUCACUUAAUUACAGUUUUACAGAAAUUACAAUUUAAAAUAAAUAAAUACCUAAUAGGUAUUAUUAUAUUCCUAAAAUAUGACACAAAGACCUUAUGAUGGUAUCUGCGCGUUGAAAUCCAACAACAAACCAUGAGAAAAACCUGGAAAAAACCCACGGUCCAUUAGUUAGGUUGGAGAAUAUCAGUUAUAUUUUUCCUUUAAGGAUAUCCAACCAAAUUUGGUCGCAGUUCAGAAAAGAAUUCGACUGUAGAGAGCAGUCCAUUUUCCUGAUAAAGAGCGUUUAAUUUUUCAAAAUAACUUUUAGAUGUCCAUCGACCAAUCCCACACUGAAAGCUCACCCUGUGCCUAUUCAAGCUAGAAAAUUGUGGUUAUCUGCCAGAAAGUUUUGUUGAAAACACAUUUUUUUCGGAUGACAUGAGAAAGCAGCCUUGUUUAGAAAACGAGUAUGGUGCUCGAUAAUUAAUAUUAUCAGUUUCCGUUGGUUCUGAGUCCAUAUUUCUCAUUUACCCUCCUUCCGAGCCUAUGGACCACGGAAAUUCCCGUCCCUUUUUUGAUAUUAAAUCCUCAAAGUAUAUUGAAACAAUACACGUAAUAACAAUUUACGACUGUCUUGUAAUUCGUCCGUGGAUUGCCAAUAUUGCCUGCCAUGAGUGAAAAUAUUUGGAAAAGAAUUGCUCAUUUACUUGAUAGUUGUAAAUCGUGCACUUAAUCAAAAUUAAGUGUUUUUUGACUCAACCUGGUAGCUAUCAGGCUGUAACUUUGUUUUAAAAUACAUGUUAAAUUUUAUUUAUAACACAUUGCUUUUUGUGGUUAAUGUUACUUAUUUAAUGGUACCUAAUAUUUUUAAUAAAAUUAUUUAUGUGAACUUUGGCAUGUAUUUCAUUUUAACCAUUUUGGAUGGAUGGAUCUUGCGUAGAUAGACAUGGGCGCCCCCAGGGGCAGGGGCGGUUAUGAAAGGUUCAAUCGAAGAACUCGGUGCAAAAACCAG